CAAAGUGUUAGGUUUUGUUCUGUGCCGAACAUGACAGAAGAGACUAAUAUUGGAGAACCACUUUUAAAGAAACAGUACUAUGAGAACUGCCCUGGUUGCAAGGUUGAUAGAGCCAAGGAGCUGGAAAAGGAUGUCUCCAUUCGAAAUCUCGUCCAUAUAUGGAUUGUGGUGUUGUGCGGUGCUCUUCCUGUUUCUUCUCUCUAUCCUUUCCUUUAUUUCAUGGUGAAGGAUUUUAAUAUUGCAGAAGGGGAGGAAGAUAUCAGUGCCUAUGCUGGCUAUAUUGGGUCUGCAUUCAUGCUUGGUAGAUGUUUGACAUCUAUGUUGUGGGGAAUGAUAGCUGAUCGCUAUGGUAGAAAACCUGUUGUGAUUAUAAGUGUUAUUUCUGUUGUCAUUUUCAACAUACUAUUCGGCCUUAGUACAAGUUUUUGGAUGGCUGUUAUUACAAGACUUUUUCUUGGAUGUUUAAAUGGUGUGAUGGGCACAAUCAAGGCUUUUUCUUCUGAAAUAUUUCGAGAAGAAUAUCAACCUCUGGGACUCUCAACCGUCUCUGCUGCUUGGGGAGUAGGUUUAGCACUUGGCCCAGCAUUGGGAGGUUAUUUGGCUCAGCCAGUAGAAAAAUACCCAUAUUUAUUUUCAAAGGGUUCCUUUUGGGAUAGGUUUCCCUACUUCUUGCCCUGCUUGGUUAUAUCAACUUUUGCAUUUUCCGUAGCAAUUGCUUGCAUUUGGCUUCCGGAGACAAAUCAUAACCACAAUCCUGAAGCUUUAGAAAUCAGAAGUAGGGCCCCCGACAAAGACAAGGUGGUCCAAAACAAUGAAAGUGUCUUCCGAAAUUGGCCUUUAAUGUCAUCUAUCAUUGUUUAUUGUGUUUUUUCACUUCAUGACAAUGCUUAUUCUGAGGUUUUCUCAUUAUGGGCUGUCAGUCCUCGAUGGUUGGGAGGUUUAAACUUUACAACCAACAGUGUUGGUAAUGUUUUAGUAGUUUCAGGUUUUGCUAUUAUAAUCUUCCAACUUGGACUAUACCAAUCAAUACAAAAAACUUGUGGGCCUGUUAGCCUUGCUCGUAUCUCAGGGGUGUUAUCUAUACCCAUCUUGCAAAGCUACCCCUUCAUGACAAUGUUGUCUGGCUUCACACUGUAUGCAGCGAUAUAUAUUGCUUCCAUUCUAAACAAUGUGAUUAUUGAGAUAAUUACAACUUGUUUAUUAAUUUUACAAAAUAGAGCAGUGGAACAACAACAAAGGGGAAUAGCUAAUGGCAUUUCUAUGACUGCUAUGUCAGCAUUCAAAGUUAUUGGUCCAGCUGCAGGUGGUGCAAUAUUAACAUCUUCCCAAAAGCGGUUAAAUGCUACAUUCCUCCCAGGAACACAUUUGAUCUUCUUUUCUCUCAAUGUUGUUGAAGGACUUGGAGUGUUGUUGACAUUCAAACCAUUCCUAACAAUAAAGAAACUGCCCUUAGAGCUAUUAAAAUGAUAUUAAUAAAAUUAGCAUAAAGGGUGAAGCAUCUCAAGUUCAAUUUUAUGCAUAAAGGUUGAGAUUAGAGUAAUUACGGAUGACUGUUGUUAAUGGAUGUUAAGAAAUUAAGUGAAAGAUUUAAUAAGCAAAAUUUGUCAGACAAAUCUACAGAAAUACUCAAUUGAUACCUUUUAUAAAUUUUGGGACUAAAUUGCGCUAUGUUGGAUAUUUAUUUCAUGUGAGUUUGAUUUCAAUGAGCUUUUAGUCAGGUGAAUGUAUAUUGAAAAAGAAUUUUAGUGUAAGUUUGAGUGCCAAUU